AAUGGGUCAUCCAGAUUUUGCUAUCACCUUAGCUAUUUGCGUAGCCAUUGUUAUAACAACUACUUUUGUAACAUACUCUGAGGGUGCACCUCGUGCUUUUUUUGUGUUUGGAGACUCACUUGUUGACAAUGGCAAUAACAACUUCUUGGCAACUACUGCUCGAGCUGAUUCUCCUCCUUAUGGUGUUGAUUAUCCAACUCAUCGUCCUACUGGCCGUUUCUCCAACGGAUUAAACAUUGCUGAUCUUAUAAGCAAACAACUUGGCGCUGAUCCAACAUUGCCAUAUUUGGACCCUGCGCUUGAUGGAGACAAAUUGCUAGUGGGAGCAAAUUUUGCUUCUGCUGGAAUUGGAAUACUUAACGAUACUGGGAUACAGUUUGUGAAUAUAUUAAGAAUCUAUGAUCAACUAAACUUAUUCCAACAAUAUCAGCAACGUGUGAGUGCUCUAAUAGGAGCUGAACAAACUAAACGGCUCGUGAAUGGUGCGCUUGUCCUUAUUACUCUGGGUGGCAAUGACUAUGUCAACAACUACUUCCUAACACCAAUUUCCGUUAGACAACUUGAGUACAACAUCCAAGAUUACUCUCGUAUCGUUAUUAAUGAGUACACCAAGAUUUUGACGAGACUACAUGAUCUUGGAGCAAGAAGAGUGCUAGUUACAGGAACUGGACCACUUGGUUGUGUCCCAGCAGAGCUAGCCUUGUGGAGCUCAAAUGGGGAAUGUGCUAACGAACUUCAACAAGCUACAAAAAUUUUCAACCCACUCCUAAUCCAAAUGGUAACGCGCCUCAAUCAACAACUUUCCUCUGAUAUCUUUGUUGCCGUCAAUGCCAUGGAACUGCAGAAUGAUUUCAUCAACAAACCCAAAGAAUUCGGUUUUGUUACAUCAAAGAUAGCAUGUUGUGGACAAGGACCUUAUAACGGACUUGGACUAUGCACGACUGCAUCAAAUCUAUGCACCAACAGAGAUGAAUACGCGUUUUGGGAUGCUUUCCAUCCAACAGAAAAGGCAAACAAGAUCAUUGUUAAAACUAUUUUUACUGGUUCGGACAAGUACAUGUCGCCUAUGAAUUUAAGUACCAUUAUGGAAAUAGAUUCUCUGUAGAUCGAACUAUGGGCUCAGAACUUUUUGAUAUCAAUAAAACAUGUACUCUUAGGGACUCAAAAUUAUAGUUGCUAUCAAUCAAAGAGUAUGUGCCUUGUACUA